AUGAUAAUUGAGAAUUUUCCUAUCAACCCCGCUAUGGAACUUGACACUAGAGUCCAUAAGAGAACUACCGCGGCAGACCACGCGACUAGCCAUGAAAGCACCACAAGCCUUGACAGGAAUAAGAUCCUCCUUGAAGCGGACGAAUUUAUCGCCAAAUAUGAUCUGGCCGACUCACGAAAUAUAAUCAGGAAGGGGGUGUUAUUGUUCUACUACCUGGACGAUCGCUCGCGUAUCGAAGAGGAAACGAUCUAUUUGGAAGACUGUAAAGAUAUGCCUACCAACAAUUCCCCUCUGACAGGAAUGGGUAUAUGCUAUGCGGCUGGAUUUCUCUCCUUAAUGGUAUCUCGGCCGUGUCCCGAAUGGGGCUGGGUUUGGCUACCACCUCAACCUGAUGGAAUAACACGCGCGCUUCACAGCAAAGUGUCCAUUGUAUUUGCACUUUUGGGCUUCGGGCUCUCAUUGCUUUCCAAUCAGUACGGGGGAAGGCGUCUGGCUUGGCGUGUGGGAGCACAUCUUGCACUCGGCGCUUCAGUUGAGACGUUUAUCUCGGACAACGGGAUCUCGUUAUUUUUUUUGAGAGGUCUCUCUACAACUGCAAAUAUCGUCUUGGUUUCAACUUCGCUUCUUUAUAUCGCCGAGACUAGUGCGCCCUCGAAGCGCGGCUCGUGCAUGGCGAAGUGGUAUUGCCUAACACCUGUUAUAUGGGGGUGUUUCCAGGUACCCGGCGUUCUGAUGAUGUACAUCUUUGGAUUCUCCGGAGCGUUUCUAAACCUCAUACUCUCAGCAUUGGCUGCGUCAACACUCCUAGCAUUAAGCGUCACGAUGCUGGAGUCCCCUUACUGGCUGGCCUGCAAUGGUAAAAUUGCAGAAGCUUAUCACUCGCUACGGGGUUUCCGUCAAACGGAACUCGCAGCAGCUCGGGACAUUUACAAGAUACACAACUCCAUCAACACCCGACAGACCCCAUUUGAUGGUUAUAUGACCGGAAAGAAAACAGUUCCCAAGCUCGAUGCAUUUUCUAGAAAGCGCAAAGUGAUGACUUCAUUGGCGAUAUGCGUUGUACUGAUGCUUACCAGAGGCGUUUCGAGCAUCUUUGUUACCGAAUUCUUUUUCAGGAGUUUCCAUGGCAUGGAAUACUUCACCAGGAUUGCCAUUUACUUAUGUGCGGCUCAACAGAAUGUCGCUGCCAUGUUCUACAUAUGGUCCAUUCUUCUCCAUUUCCUUGCCGAAGUUCCAGUAGCUCUCUACAUCUCAGAAGUCUUCCCAUUGGAAUAUCGUGAAAUGGGCGUUGCCGUGACAGUUUCUGUCUACGCCGGAUGCACCGCUGUGCUUGAGAAGAGUAUGGCAGAACCCUCGGAACUCGGUGUCAAUAUUCUAGGAAGGUCUUUGCUACCAGAAUAUUACUUCCUCUCUCCAUUCUACUCGCCUGCUUCAUGA